AUGGCGGACAGUAAUCAAGAUUGGAAGCGGGAGCAGGAGGAUGAUGAGGAUCAAGAGAUGGAUGAGACGACUAACAAGGCACAGAAAGAUGCGAUCAUAAUGGCCAUUGAAGUUAGCGAAUCUAUGUUGAAGCCGCCACCGCCGUCUGACACAAAGAAGGCGGAUCAGGAUAGUGCUCUCGAGGCAGCCCUGAAAUGCGCCUACCACUUGAUGGAACAACGCAUCAUCUCGAACCCCAAAGACAUGAUGGGCAUUCUGCUCUUCGGAACCAAAAAAACCAAACUUCGUAACGAGGAAGAUGGCCGCAAUGGCUUGGGGUAUCCUAAUUGCUAUCUAUUUACGGACCUUGACGUACCCGCCGCCGAGGAUGUCAAGGUGCUUAAGAGUCUCGUCGAGGACGGUGAAGACGCCGAUGAAGUGUUGACGCCAUCGAGUGACCGUGCAAUCAUGUCGAAUGUGCUCUUCUGCGCCAAUCAAAUCUUUACGACAAAGGCUGCAAAUUUUGGAAGCCGUCGCCUAUUCAUCAUCACUGACAAUGACAACCCCCAUCCUUCCGACAAGGCGGCCAUGUCGGCAGCUGCGGUUCGAGCUAAAGAUCUCUAUGAUCUGGGUAUCACAAUUGAUCUGUUUCCAAUCGCUAGAGGUGAUGUCAAGUUUGACUUGUCGAAAUUCUACGAUGACAUUGUAUACCGCGAUCCCAUUGCGGAAGCCAACAGCACUGCAGUGGCCAUUUCCAAGUCGGGCGACGGGCUAUCCCUGCUAAGCUCUCUGACUUCGAACAUCAACUCCAGGCAGACACCCAAACGCGCAUUGUUUUCAAACUUGCCGCUUGAGAUAGCGCCUGGUUUGCGAAUCUCAGUAAAAGGAUACAAUAUUCUUCAACGGCAAACGCCGGCCAGGACAUGCUACAUCUGGUUGGACGGAGAAAAACCUCAGAUUGCCACUGGCGAAACCACAAGACUGGCUGAGGAUAGCACCAGAACGGUUGAAAAAGGGGAGAUGAAGAAGGCGUACAAGUUUGGUGGUGGGGAAUACGUCUAUUUCACGCCUGAUGAGCACAAGUCCCUGAAGGACUUUGGGUCGCCUGUUAUUCGGAUUAUUGGCUUCAAACCCCGCGAGUUGUUAACAACAUGGGCCAGUGUCAAAAAGUCGACAUUCAUCUUCCCCAGCGAAGAGGAUUAUGUUGGCUCUACUCGUGUAUUUUCUGCGCUGUGGCAAAAGUUGAUCAGGGACAACAAAGUCGGCAUCGCCUGGUGUGUGGUUCGGAGCAAUGCUCAGCCAAUUCUAGCUGCCAUCGUCCCGUCCCGGGAACGGUCUGACGAAGAAUGUGGAACGCCGUACUUGCCAGCUGGACUCUGGAUAUAUCCACUGCCUUUUGCGGAUGACUUGAGAGAGAUUAAGCCACCAGACAAAGUGACGCAAAGCUCUGACGAGCUGAAGACGCACAUGAGGACCAUUGUGCAGCAACUGCAGCUGCCCAGGGCAAUGUACAAUCCGACAAAGUACCCCAAUCCUGCGCUGCAGUGGCACUACAAGAUUCUCAAGGCUCUCGCGCUGGAAGAGGAAGUGCCGGAGACGGCUGAGGACGCUACCAAGCCGAAGUACAAGGCCAUUAGCAAGAGAGCUGGUGGUUAUUUGGAAGAGUGGUCGGGCAAACUCGAAGAAGAUGCGGGGACGGCCAAAACAGCCAAGUCGUUGAAACGGGAAGCUGAUGAUGAAGCAUCUGAUCGUCCAGUGAAGCAAAGGCGCGGCCCGUCAGGACAGCUCAACCCGUCUUCCAUGUCGAUGACGGAGCUCAAAGCUGCCAUCACACAAGCGGAGAAAUCAUGA